AUGUUAGAAAAUAAUGAUAAGCUCAAAUUGGCAAAUAAUCCAAAUCGUUCCGUCUUAUCAAUCACUUCACCUACAAAGUUAAAUAUAAUAUCAUCUGAAUGGUCCAGAGAACACGCUAAAAUAACGAAAAAGACAUUGACAAGAACUAGCUCGUUGACAUUGAGAAAUAUAAGUGAUAGAAACGCAUUGAUAUCAAAUAUAACGUCAGCGUCAUCAUCUACACUCAAUCGCCCAAAACUUCCAGGGGGUGCCCCUCCGUUGCUCAAGAGAAAUUCAUCUUUCUUCAAAGAAGAUAUAGAAAAAGCCAGCAUCUCGUCUACUUCAUUCACCAAUAGCCAUUUCCAAUCCACUGUAGGGAGCGAAUCCAAUUCUGAUGCUUUUUCUUCACAAAAUUCUAAACAACAGGAUAAUAGUGAUUUACACACCACAACAGCUGACAGAUUCAUACCAAUGUUUAAAAGUACUUCUAAUAUCAAAAUUGACAUCAAUUCUGUAAAUGAAGAGUUACCACCACCAAAUGCAUCACCAACAGCGCAUCUAAGAGCUCAAACAAAGUCUGUAUUCAAGAAGAAUAUCGCUCAGGCUUGUGGCCUUGAUGUUAAUGAAAAAAUUUUAAGGUAUGUGCCUGAACCACCAGUUGCGUCAUUCAAUAGAAGAUCAUAUAACAUGAAAAUUAGAACGCAUUAUAAUUACCAUCAGAAUCAAAACGAACCAUCUACUGAAUUGAUCAAAUUACGUAAAAUUAAUACAAAUCCUGAAAAAAUUCUAGAUGCUCCAGGUUUUCAAGACGAUUUUUAUUUGAAUCUCCUAAGUUGGUCAACGAAAAAUGUAAUGGCAAUUGCAUUAGAAGCCUGCCUUUAUUUAUGGAAUGGUAACACAGGUGAUGUGUCACUACUUGUCGAUUAUGGAGAAAGUAUUAUUACCAGUGUAGUAUGGUCUGAUGAUGAUUGUCACCUUUCCAUUGGUAAAGAUGAUGGUAACACAGAAAUUUGGGAUACGGAAAAAAUGUCUCUAAUAAGAACAAUGAGAUCUAAUUUGGGUGUUAGAAUAAGCUCUCAAUCCUGGUUAGGAUGUUUGAUUGCAACCGGUUCGAGAAGUGGUGAAAUUCAAAUUAAUGAUAUUAGGAUUAGAGACCAUAUCGUUGGAUCGUGGAAGGAACAUCAAGGUGAAGUAUGUGGAUUGAGUUAUAAAAAUGAUGGUUUACAACUUGCAUCGGGAGGUAAUGACAACACAGUAAUGAUAUGGGAUACUAGGACUUCGACUGCUCAAUGGGUCAAAAGAAAUCAUAACGCUGCAGUAAAAGCAUUGAGUUGGUGCCCUUAUAUGCCCAAUGUAUUAGCUACAGGUGGGGGCCAAGCUGAUAAAUAUAUUCAUUUUUGGAAUACAACAACUGGAACCAAGCUUGGAUCUAUCAACACGGGAUCACAAGUCAGUACACUCCACUGGGGUCAAAGUUACACUACCAGUGGAAGUAUGAAUCGUGAAAUUGUUGCCACAGGAGGAAGUCCGGAUAAUGCCAUAUCCAUCUACAAUUUUGAUACUAAGUAUAAAGUUGCCGAAAUCAAUCACGCACACGAAUCGAGAAUAUGCUGUUCCCAGCUUUCUCCUGAUGGCAUGACGCUAGCAACUGUCGGUGGUGAUGAAAAUCUGAAAUUCUACAAAGUGUUUGAACCUAGGAGGAAAAACAGAAGAAUCCAAAAGGGUUUAAUGGAUACCAUUUCAGCUUCUCAUUUGACCUCAAAUGUAGAAAAACAAUUUGGUAGACUAAAACGUCACAGUGACGAAGAUGACGACUCAUCUACAGAUUCCAGCAGUGCUGUCUCAAGAACCAGAUCCAACAAGUAUUUAAUUAGAUAA